AUGGGCCGAGCCCAUAGAGCGGUCGACCCUUCCGUGCAUUCUGGUCAGGCUUUUAGCUUGUCAGUUUGUCACGCUCUCCAAGAGUGGUUCGAAGCAGAUGACCUCUGCCGCAUCACCUUCAUUUACGUCCUGUCCGCUCUGCAGUGGGAUAUCCAUGGUGUGGCACAUAAGUACAUCACCGAGCUUAAAGUCAGGGUUGAACAUCGGAAGACAGACAAUUCUAUAGAUGCGCUUCGCUCUCGAGCUGCGCACUCAGUCCUGGACUCAUGGGGUUCCACUUUCCAGUAUCCAACUUAUCGAGGCUCUGAAUUUCUAGAGCUUCAACAGCCUGACGGGCGGCUGCUACAGCCAUCAUACCUCAAUGGGGGACCUUGGCUUUCAACCUUUGGACACAGUGUCACUGAGUUCACUCACGUUUGCCGGUGUAUAACUGGCCACGCGCCCAUUGGAGCGUACUACCGACGCUUCAAAAUCAAUGAGCCUCACGGCUGCACUUGCAGGGCUGCUUUGCAGUCCUGUCAGCAUAUUCUCUUUUGCUGUCGCAAUAGAUAUUCUGUACACUAUCCUCGUUUCCUCAGGGAUAUUGCAUCGUUUCUGAAGUACAACCCCACAGUGUUUGGCUUCAACUGGGACCCUUCAGGUGUCAGGUAA